AUGUUUAUUUCAUUUUUCGGGAACCUUACGUUGAUAGUUGUGAUUUUGUCUACCAAAAGCCUUCGAACAAAAUUCAAUUAUUACAUUCUUAAUCUUGCUGUGGCGGACAUAUUAGUGCCGUUGACCUGCAUGUGGCUUCACUUAGUGACUGAUUUUAAUCCGUCAAAAUGGAUUCUUGGCUCCUUUUUCUGUAAAAUUAACACGUUUUCACAAGCUGCGGAACACCCUUCUUUAUUGUGGCUCACCCAAGGGCACCAGAUUAUCGUAAUUAUACUGACGUGGGUCUGUGGUGCAGCUAUUGCGUUGCCAUGGCUAUUUUAUACACAUCUCAUUGAGCUCGACUUUCUUGGAAAACACGAAGUGCUAUGUCAAGCAAAGUUUCCUUCCAAGGAUUCUCGGAAGGCAUAUACAACAGUAUUUUUCGUAAUUGGUUAUGCUAUACCGUUGUGGAUAAUGUGUGCUCUGAACAUGCUAUUAUCAGUAUUGCUAGUAUUUUUUAUAUGUUGGACACCGCAGCAAUGUCUUAAACUUUGGGAUGUUUUUAGAACGAGAAACGCACAUUCAAAGCUACCGCCAUGGAUAGAUUCUUAUGUUUUUGCUGCAUAUUACAUGGCAUAUUUUAGUACAUGUUGUCAUCCAUUGAUUUACAUUGGCUUCAACAAAUGCUUCCGGCAUGCUGCAGUAGCAAUCAUAAAAUGUAAAAGAGACAAAUUCAGUCCAACCACUGUGUAUCCAGGUUUAGGAUCACAGGCUCCACUAGAAAAUUCUUAUUCAGAAGAACAAGAAGACUCCAAUAGUAUAGAACUUCAAGGACCUAGCAAUGUCCAGCAACCAAACCAUAAUAGUAAUCAUCGCUAUUCUUUCAGUGAUAUACAAUUAGUACAUAGCUGUUACCAAGACCAAACACAGGAAGUCCAACAAAAUGAAUAAACCAUUGCCGUGACGUCAGCCUAUUCAUUUACCCUCCGGGUGCGUGGUAUCUUUUUAACGCACCAACGCUUAUCCAUUGUAUCUUCUUUAUAUAAAUGCCGUGGUUUCGAAACCAAAACAGGAGGACGCAAGUUGUGCUUGAACAUUAUUUUCAUAUUUUUAUAUUGAGAACAAUAGUUGUAGGUGUAUACAGCUGAAAGAAAGAUAAGCUUGUAGAGAAUUAGAUCUGUGCCAGUUGUGUUUCCGAAUUACGUCAUAAACACCAAAACGAUCGAUUUUAAUGAGAUAACCUAUUUGUUAUGUGAUAUGACAAUACUCAAACUAAAUGUCUGGGUGAUCUAAACAAAAUGUAAAAUGCCUUUUUCUUGGCGAAAUAAGAAAAGGCCUAUUGCCUUAUGUAAAUAUGUAAUCAGAAA